CUCUCUUGUCAGUUUUGCGGCCGAUUCGGGGUAUAUCAACGCUUCGUGCAAGCACAGAAUCAUCAGUUUGAAUUUUCCCGUGAUUAAAUCCAUCUCAUUUUGAAGUGUUUGGUGUUGUGCGACAUCGAGCCAUUUCCAAUUUAAUUCAUUGUCAAUAAACAUGAGUACCUACAGUGAAGAACAUUUUCAACAUCCCGUGCCUAAGGUGCGGCCUAUACAGAAUCAUCUUUGACGGAUCAUCAGUAAAUAGAACACAAAGUCAAAAUAACCAAUUGUAAAAUUGCAGAAACUAUCAAGCAGAACAACCUAACAGCUAUACGAUUCUGUUUCUUUUACGUAAAACAAAAUAUCAUCUCUACUUAAUUAAAACCAACCAACAAAAGUCAACAGAUUAAAAGAGUAAAAGAAACUCCUAAAAUCUGAAGAUAUCAACAGUUAGAAAAACCAGCAGUAAGAAUUUUAAUUGAGAUCAGAAAGACGAAUCCUUUCAAAUUCAAAUCCUAAUUUUCCUUGAAAACAAAAAAACAUAAAACAAAACUCAUCCUUUUAUUUUCCUAAAAGAAACAUCUAAAAUCAAUUUUUUUUGAAAUUUUUCUUUGUGUAGAGAGAAUUUUUUGUGUAUUGUAGAAGAGUUUUCUUAUUUUUUUCUCUAGAGAAACAUUUUCUGUAUUUGCUCUGAUUGAUUGUUUGCCAUUUUAUCGAUUGAGUACUAUACAUUUAGCCUUGUAGUAUUUUCUUUUUAACUUAAACACACAUUUUAUUUAAGUAGAAACAUUAAUUGAAAAAUAAGUGAAAAAGACACACAACACGACACCUAAAUCGUUCCUGUGUGCCAUUUUCCUUAUUUGAAAAGUAUCUCAAUUUCCAAAUUUUUGAAGGAAAGCAUCUCAUUUUUUUUUAAUUUUUAGUAAAAAAACAAAAGAAAAAAGUAGCAAGAAAAUCUUAAUUUAUUAAUUUAUUUGCAAAGGGGUCGAAAAAACACCCACUUUGAAACAAUUUUUUAGGAGAGAAUUUUUUUGAUAAUAAAAAAAAUCUAACAAGAAUGGCUGUCUAUUCAAAACACUACAUACCUGACAUCAUUAGAUUAAAACGCUAAAAAUGUUUGUUUAGAAAAAAAAGAGGUAGAGAUAUCUUCUAGAGGUGUGAUAUAUUUUUGUUCUUAAUUUUUUUAGCGUCAAAAAAAUAGUAGACUUGUCAAUUUACUAUUUUUUUCAAUUUCUUACAUUGAUACAUUGAAAAAAAAAAAACGUUGUAAUAUUUAUUCCCUUUCAAUUCUGAUUUUCAUCAUUUUCCUAUCAACAAACAUUUUUGGCUUCUCUUCUUUUUUGGAGAUUUUCUUGAAAUAGUGAGAAUUUUUGGUGUUUAUUCAAUUUCAAGUAGCGUACUAAAGAGGCAUUAGAUUUAUUUGUGUAAGAAACUACUACAGUUGUUAUUUUUGAGAGAGAGAAAAGUCACAAGAAGACAGUCUCAAGUAUUUUAGUAACAUCAACAAUUUCCUCUUCCUAUAUCCUCGUAUUCGGAUUGCAAGACAAGUGAUCAUCCAAUAAAUAAUAUAUUCCUGUGAAUCCUCACUUCAUACAUCCUUCUUAUAUCCAAAUAACCUUUGCAAAAAAAAAACAUAAAUAAGCGGAAGAUCCCCAUCAGAGAAAAAACCUUUUCUGAUUCUCUUGAACCAGUGCAAAAAACUACAGCACGAGACCACACAAGCUAAGAAACAGAGAAAUAAAAGAACUUAAAGAAGCAAAAAACCUUUGAGAAACUCAACUAAAAAAAAAAUAAGGAGUUAAAGAAAAGAACGAGAAUCAAACAUGGAACCAUUAACGAUGGGAUUACUUUGGUUGGUCAUCGUGGGCUUCGUGAUUGCCUUUGUCCUGGCUUUUGGAAUUGGCGCCAAUGAUGUUGCGAACUCGUUUGGCACCAGCGUUGGAUCCAAAGUUUUGACCCUCCGUCAGGCCUGCUGGUUAGCAACAGUGUGCGAAAUUUCGGGCGCAGUUCUAAUUGGCUACAAAGUGUCUGACACUGUGAGAAAAGGCAUUCUCGAUGUGACCAUGUAUGAGGGAUCAGAGAAGGAGCUGAUGUUUGGAUGUGUCGCAGCUCUAACAAGUAGUGCUGUUUGGCUCCUUGUAGCAACAUUCCUUAAACUUCCCAUUUCCGGGACACACAGCAUUGUUGGAUCAACAAUUGGCUUCAGUUUGGUGGCACGUGGUUUUCAAGGUAUCAACUGGGCAACAUUGGGUACAAUUGUUGCUUCCUGGUUCAUUUCGCCGGUGCUGAGUGGUUUGGUCAGUACGAGUCUCUUCUGGUUCCUGCGCAAAUUCAUCAUAACCGUGGACAAUCCACUGAGAGCUGGUCUCUUGGCCCUUCCAAUCUUCUAUGGACUUACUAUCUUCGUCAAUGUCUUCAGUAUCGUGCACGAUGGACCCAAAUUGCUCUAUAUGGACAACAUCCCCACAUGGUUGGCAGUUGUUGCGAGUAUAGCAGUUGGAUUACUUGUGGCUGUGAUCGUGCAAGUUUUUCUCGUUCCACUCCAGCGUCGUCGCAUUUUGGGCAUACCAAAAUCUUCCAAGAAACCCGUAACAUUUACAUUUGGCGAUUCAGACGCUGAAUCAUCACCUGGUGGCAGUCCAAAGCGCGGUAAACGUCAAUUGUACCUUGUAUGCGAUGGUAAACAAUUGCCAGCCAUCACAGAAACCACUGAGCUUGUAUCCCUCACAAAUGGUGGCUGUUCACCACAGCCCAAAAUAUUUUGUGAUGCUAAUUUGACCAAACAUUGCGAUCUCAAUGGCUACACCAAGGGUACAACAAAUGGCAACUACAAAAUUGAUCCUAGCAUCAUAAAACGUGCUGAAAAUCUUUUGGGAAAAACCAGUUUGGACAAUACCGAUCUCACAAUUACCAGUCUCAACUACAUUGAUGAGUACCAAAAUGGUUUGUCAAAGAGUCCCCCAACAACUAAUAUUCUCAAGGAGCAGGAAAUGGUUGAUUUAUCACCUCAAAAGAAAGAUCUUUUGGAAGUGGAAACUGCAAAAUUGGAUCCUACAAAGAAAAAUCUGAGUACAGUGGAGAGUGGAGGAAGUUUGGACCAUAUGAUUUCAACUACAAUUUCACCCAAUUCAAGUCGAGUCCCAUUGAUAUCUGGCGGUGCCAAUGUCGAAGAAGGAACUGUAAAGACAAAGGAACCAAGGGAUAUCUCUCAGCUGUUCUCAUACCUGCAAGUUCUCACGGCCACUUUUGGAAGUUUUGCCCAUGGAGGAAAUGAUGUGAGCAAUGCAAUUGGACCACUCAUUGGCCUGUAUUUGAUCUACAAGGAUGGUUCGGCAUUGCAAAAUUCAGAAACGCCCCUUUGGCUCCUCGUGUACGGAGGAGUGGGUAUUGCUGCGGGAUUGUGGAUUUGGGGACGUCGAGUUAUUCAGACAGUUGGAAAUGAUUUGACUAAAAUUACGCCAACAACGGGCUUCACCAUUGAAAUCGGAGCUGCCCUCACAGUUCUGCUGGCAAGCAAAAUUGGCCUUCCAAUCUCAACGACUCACUGCAAAGUUGGCUCAGUGGUGUUUGUCGGUUAUGCAAAUACUGCCAAUUCUUGCCGAACCCCCGCAGCAGAUGAUGAGGCUGAAAAUCGGGAGAAAGCUGUCGAUUGGAGUCUCUUCCGGAAUAUUGUGUAUGCCUGGGUGAUAACGGUUCCAAUUGCUGCAGCCCUCAGUGCUGGCCUCAUGUAUCUCCUUGUUACGACAUUGCUGUGAGAAAUAAGAGAAAAAUCUGUCGGUGUGAAAUUUCAUACUUAAAAGAAAAUUCUAUAACGUGUGUGUGCAGGAGAGAGAACGAGAACUACUUAAUGAUAUUUAACUUAAUACCUUAUUAAGCGCAAAAUCAAUUAUUAUACUUUAAUGUUUUUUUUUUUUUUUGAUGAAAAUAGGACAUCCACAGAAUUGUGGAUUCUCAUUAAAUAACUUAAGUAAAAGAGAGGGAAAGAAAAAGAAGAGUACGGAGUAUAGAGAAAACUCAAAAUCGGCAGCAGCGACAUUUGUUUGAAAAAAAAAAAUAGAACAAUGCGCUAGAAAAAAAAGGUUUCUUUCAUUUUUUAUACUUAAUCUAUUAACACUUGAAGAAUUUAAUGUAUUUGUUUAAUGUACUUUAAGACACUUAAUUAAUCGCUGUGCGAAGAGAACUUUUUUUUCUGCUGAGACACUGAAAUAAAGAUGUUUUUUUUUUAAAGAUAAAUCCAAUUAUAGGCUUAAAAGUGAAGCAGUGAAAAAUUCAGACAAUUUUAACGCAUUUUAGAACGCUCCGCUGUAGUUUAUUUAAUUUUUUUUCACCAUGGAUAAGAUUUUGCUUAUCAAUUUUUUCUAAAAAAAAAUAUUAAUUAUAUCCCAGUGAUAGUGAAUUUAAUCUUCAAAAUGAAGAAUUUUCGUAGUGACGCCAAAAAAAGUGAUACAUUGCCCUUUUAUAAAAACCCCACCCAAAAACUAAAUAAAAAAUAAAUAAAUUUAAAAAAAAAAUGAAAGACAGAAUUUUUAAGUAAAAUUGAAAGAAAUAAAUUGUCGUUGCUGAUUUCUUUCUCUAUAUCAUUUUGUUUUUCUUCAAUUUUCACUCUGUCUUUCUCCACAAGGAUUUAAAUACAACUUGAUUUCUACUCUAAGAAUUCCUCUAUGUUGAUGCCUAUAAUACUUUUUUUGUCUUAUAGAAUUUAAACAACAACAACAAAAAAACGAUACUGUAGUAGUGCAUUAAAAAAAAAUCUGUAGUAGAAUAAAUAAUGCAUCAUUAUUGCUCUUGAAAUAAAAUCAGAAACAAUUUACAAGAAAAUUACCAUCAAAUGAAUGUUGACAGAGUCUACAAUAUAUUUUUAUAUAUCUCUAAAUUCCAUCAUUGAAAAAAAAAACAAGAACACCCGAAUGAUUCUGAAUUAUUUUCUUGACAACAAAAAAAAAGGAAAAAAAGACGCAAAAAAAUCAUCUCAAAUAAAAACAAUUACAACUGAA